ACUUAUUGUAUACACCAGCUGCAAGCUAGCACUUCCACUCCUAGACACAAGUUUUACUUGCAAGUCUUAAUGAUGAAAUUAAUAAAACACACUUGACAAAACCCAUUGUCUGUGUGUGUAUAUAUAAAGACUCCUACAUUCUAAUCUCUUGCAUUCAUUGCAACACUCACACUUGCCCUGUCUAGCCAGGUAUUGAAAGAUUAUGCCAAUGGAGAAGACCAUGAUGUUCAUAGUGUGUAGCACACUAGUGCUUCUUUUAUGUUCUGCACCAGCAUAUGCACAAAAGGGUAAAUCCCCUCCAUCACCUCCCAUAUCCAUAACCCCAACUCCUGCACCAGCACCUGCACCAGCAGCAGAACACGUAAACCUCACCGAGUUACUGUCUGUCGCUGGUCCAUUCCACACUUUUCUCGAUUACCUUGUGUCAACCAAAGUUAUUGAGACCCUUCAAAACCAAGCCAAUGAUACUGAGGAAGGACUAACUUUGUUUGUACCCAAAGACAAGGCGUUUUCAUCACUUAAAACUCCUUCUUUAUCCAACCUUACUGCAGACCAACUCAAAUCACUCUGCCUUUUCCAUGCCUUGCCACAUUACUACUCUUUAUCUGAUUUCAAGAACCUCAGCCAAGCGAGCCCUAUUAUGACAUUAGCUGGUGGUACAUACACUUUAAAUUUCACCGACAACUCUGGAACUGUUCUAGUUGGUUCAGGAUGGACAAACACGAAAGUCAGUAGUAGUGUGCGUUCAACUGAUCCUGUUGCCAUUUAUCAGGUUGAUAAGGUGCUUCUUCCAGAAGCAAUCUUUGGAACAGAUAUACCUCCAAUGCCUGCUCCUGCACCGUCUCCUGAUAUCGUUGCCCCUUCUGCAGAUGCUCCAGUUGCAGAUGGGGGACAUGCUCCAUCACAACCAACUUCAACUCCAUCAUCUUCUUAUAGGAUUAUGAGCUUCAGUGCUUGGAGUUGCUUGGUUCUGAUUCUCUCGGGUGGAAUGGCAUUGUUCUUGUAAGGAAGAGUUUGUUUUGUGCCAUAAUUUAUAUGCAAGGGAUUUACAACCAUUUAAUUCUUUAUAUUUGUUUCAAGCAUUUUUUUGGGGAUCGUCUAAUGUAUACCAUGUAUGGGAUUCAUCGUGUUAUAAAUCAUAAUUUUUUUGUGGUA